AUGAAGAACGACGCUUCUUCAACAACUUCAUCAAAGAGGAGAGCCGCAAUCUCUCAGACUCAAUUUUUAGAAACGUGACGAUAGAGAACAACAGGACUUGCCAAGUCCUCCAGGAGAGGAAAAAGGUGAUCCGCAACUUCUUCCGCCCAAAGGGCAGCUUCAUCAAAGACGACCGCACUUGCUGCAACUCCUUCAACAACCUCGAUUCGCUUGCUGAUUCGUCGAAACGUGGAUCUCCGUGCAUCAGUGACCGUCAGAGCUCCCAUUCGAAGGCUCUGCUACCCAUAUCUGUGCCUUUCGGCUUACUUUCUCGCUGCAUCCGGGCGGGAUUCUCCUCCUUCAAGCAGUACCCCUUCCUCACUGAACUGGGACUCCAGGAGACCAACCUCGGCGCCUACUACAAUGGCAAGUGGCAGGCCACCGAUAGCAAGCAUGAGUUCCACACCAUCAAUCCUGCCAACGAAACCAUGAUCGCCCGCACCCACACAGCCUCGCUCAAGGACUACGAGAAUGCCAUCGGAGCCAUGGGAGAGGCCCAGAAGGAAUGGUCAGGAGUUCCCAUGCCAGUCCGUGGUGAGAUUGUCAGACAAAUCGGAGAGGCAUUCAGAGCUAAAAAGGAACCUCUUGGCAGGUUGGUUUCCCUGGAGAUGGGAAAGAUUCUUUCUGAAGGUUUGGGAGAAGUGCAAGAGACUAUUGAUGUUUGCGAUAUGGCAUGCGGACUCUCAAGGACCAUCGGGUAAUAAAGAUGAUAGCAUAGUGGACAAGUCUUCAACUCUGAACGCAAGGACCACUUCAUGAUGGAAGUUUGGAAUCCCCUUGGAACUGUAGGCGUUAUCACUGCUUUCAACUUCCCCAAUGCAGUCUUUGCCUGGAAUGCUGCUAUUGCACUGAUAUGCGGUGACACCGUUACCUGGAAGGGCGCCCCCGCUUCCUCCCUUGUCACCAUCGCCACUGCUAAGAUCAUUGGUGAUGUCUUAAAAAAGAACAAUAUCAAUCCCAACGUCCUCACCGUCCUGCAAGGAGGAGCUGAUAUCGGCUAGGCCAUGACCAAAGAUCCCCGCAUUCCUCUUGUCUCCUUCACUGGCUCAAGCAGAGUGGGAGCUAUUGUGCGAAGCUAGGUGGAGAAAAGAUUCGGACGCGUUUUGCUCGAGCUCGGAGGAAACAAUGCUACCAUCAUCCAUGAAGACGCCAAUCUCGAACUGGCCUUUAAAGCUUGCACCUUCGCAGCUGUGGGAACCUGUGGGCAGCGCUGCACCACUCUCCGCAGACUACUCAUCCACGAGAAGCAUUUCGACUACUUUGUUGAUAAGCUAGUCAAGGCUUAUUCCUCUGUCAAGAUCGGCGAUCCUCUCGACGCUGCCACUCUCUGUGGUCCUCUCAACAACUCCGCCGCUGUCGACAUCUAUACGUCUGCCUUGGAGAACAUCACCAAAGCUGGAGGAAAGAUUCUCUAUGGUGGAAAGAGGCUAAAAGGAAGCGGUUACUUUGUUCAACCCACCAUCGUCUAGGCUCCCAAGGGUGCAUCCUUCCUUCAGGAGGAGUAUUUCUGUCCCAUUCUCUUCGUUCAACGCUACUCCUCUCUUGAGGAAGCUAUUCAGAUCAACAACAGUGUUCCUCAGGGCCUCAGCAGCAGUCUCUUCACUCAAAACGUGAGCAACGCCUUCCGCUGGAUCGGUCCUCACGGUUCAGACUGCGGUAUCGUCAACGUCAACAUCGGUCCCUCUGGCGCUGAGAUCGGAGGAGCCUUCGGUGGUGAGAAGCAGACAGGAGGAGGCAGAGAGUCAGGAUCCGACAGUUGGAAGCAGUACAUGCGCAGAGCCACUUGCACCAUCAACUAUGGAACCAAGAUGCCACUAGCACAAGGAGUCAACUUUGAUCUGUGA